AGGAGAGAAAGCGAACGCGAGAGAGAGAGAGAGAGAGAGAGGAAGGGGAGGUGGGGGGGGAUUCGGAGGAGAAUCUGAGCUGUUGUGUCUGCGCGUGAUCGGAUCUGCGCCGUCGGUCGUCGUCUCUCCGGGGGCGGGGAGGCGGACGGCGUUCUGCCGGGCGAGCUUGGCCUGCUUCCUGACCAGAUCCGAGACUCUGCGUUCCGUUCAUUUGAUUCAUCCAUCUUCUGAAAAGAUGGCUUCCCCGUUGUAGGGGAGGCGCGCCAUCUCCACCCAUACUUCCUUCACCACUUGCUUUCUGCUUCUUCUGUCGUGAGGCCAACGGUCACUAUUUGAUAACCUUGUAGUUGCUACAUGAUCAAUUGUGCUCCACAUCUUCCUCUCUUUGUGACCGCAUCAGCCUUGGUGUUUGGCGUGGGCACAAGAGAGAGGAAAAGGAAGAAGAGGAGCCUCUGCUGCCUCGGACAGUGAAUACCAUGUCUCCUAACUUGGAUAGCCCUGUCCAGACCCAGAUGGCAGUUGCAGUCUUGAAUCGCGCCCACAGCAGUGAAUACCAUGGGAACAAGAAAAGUGAGGGAAAGCCUGCAGGGAGGAGACGUGUGUUCGUCCAAACUGACACUGGCUGUGUAUUGGGUAUUGAAUUGGAUCGUGGAGACAAUGUCCACACUGUGAAGAGGAGGUUGCAGGUAGCCCUCAAUGUGCCUACCGAGGAGAGCUCACUCACAUUUGGUGAUCGUGUGUUGAAGAAUGAUCUUACUGGGGUUCAGAAUUGCCCGUUACUUCUCACUAGGAAUUUCCUUCACAGGAGUUCCUCCACCCCAUGUCUCUCUCCCACUGGAAAGGACCUCCAGCAGAGAGAUCGGAGUGGUCCAAUUGAAAUCUUGGGGUGCUCAAGCCACUGUUCUCGAACAAAACAGCUGGUCAAGGAUGCAGUGAAGGCUAUUAAAAGUGGUGUUGACCCCAUCCCUGUUCAUGGUGGGCUUGGGGGUGCCUACUACUUCAGAAAUAGCAGAGGUGAGAGCAUCGCCAUCGUGAAGCCUACGGAUGAGGAACCAUUUGCACCUAACAAUCCAAAAGGUUUCAUUGGGAAAGCCCUUGGACAACCAGGCCUGAAAAAGUCUGUGCGUGUUGGUGAGACAGGGUUUAGGGAGGUUGCUGCAUACCUCCUGGACUAUGAUCACUUUGCCAAUGUUCCUCCAACAGUCUUAGUCAAGAUAACCCACGCAGUGUUCCAUGUCAACGAUGGGGUCAAUGGUGCGAAUGGUAAGGCUCAUGACAAAAAGUCUCAAGCUGUCAGCAAGAUUGCAUCAUUUCAGCAGUUUAUCUCUCAUGAUUUUGAUGCUAGUGAUCAUGGGACCUCUAGCUUUCCUGUUGCAGCAGUGCACAGGAUUGGUAUACUUGAUAUUAGAAUCUUCAACACAGACAGGCAUGCAGGGAACCUUCUGGUGAGGAAGCUUGUAGAUGGAGCUGGUAGAUUUGGAGCUCAGACAGAACUCAUUCCAAUAGAUCAUGGACUCUGCCUGCCAGAGAGCUUGGAGGAUCCUUAUUUUGAAUGGAUCCACUGGCCACAGGCAUCAGUACCUUUCUCUGACGAUGAACUUGAGUACAUUGCUAAUCUUGAUCCUGUUAGAGAUUCUGACAUGCUUCGGAUGAAGCUGCCUAUGAUCCGUGAAGCAUGCCUCCGGGUUUUGGUCCUUUCCACAAUUUUCCUCAAGGAAGCUGUGGCAUUUGGGCUUUGUCUCGCAGAGAUUGGUGAGAUGAUGAGCAGGGAGUUCAGGUGUAUGGAAGAAGAGCCUAGUGAGCUCGAGGUUGUAUGCAUUGAGGCACGGAAAUUGGUAGCUGAAAGAGAUGUAUUUUCUUCAGAAGCUGAACCAGUAGAUGAAGAUGUAAUCCAGUUUGACAUUGAUUGUGAAGAUAGUGGUCUGGUGGUGCCAAAAACACCACCAUCAUACUAUUUUGGGUUGAAGGGGGGAAGUUCCAGAAACCUGCUGUCGAAACUAGAGGAGAGCUUGGAGGAGGAAAGCAAUGAUGACGGUGAAAAGAACAGUGUGGAAGAAGUUACUUGCUUCCUGCCUGCUAGCAAUCAGUUUCCAAAGGUUUCAAAGUUGUCCACAUCAUUGAAGGGCGUGAGCCUUACCGACAAAACCCAGCGGUAUCUGGAUGGUGUUCCAAAAGGGAAUGAUACUACAGUUAGGACUAACAAUAGUGGUGGUGCUAGUGGACUUCAGAGUGGGAGCAGGAGGAGUGCAAAUGAGCAGUUGCCUGCAAGCAUGAGCUUUGUGAAACUGUCAGACAUGGGGGAGGAAGAGUGGGGGAUGUUCCUUGAGAAAUUCCAGGAGCUGCUGCAUGGAGCAUUCCGUGACCGGAAGUCUGGAGCUGCUGGCCAGAGGCAGAGGCAGAGGCUAGGCACUUCUUGCCAGUUUUGAGUAGGAGAUAGAUCAAGAGAAUAGGGACGAUGGCUGUCCGUUCUGUUGCAGUUGUUAUUUGUUGUGCCCUUACUGGUAGCUGUAAAGAAUGGAGAAGGGGGUUUUAAGAAUAAGACCAUCAUGGUUUGGGACUGACAAGAGGGUGAUAUGUGUUAAGGGAUGAGGUGGAGGUGGUCGCGCUUAUGUAUAUAUCUUUCAGCUCUUUGUUAAAUAUCAGUUACGUGGAGGAGGCGAGUGUGAUUGGCUAUCUUGUUCUUUUCCUAUCAUUUUAUGCCUUUAUUAGACGAUGGUUAUUAAAAAUAAACACUUAGAAAAUGUCUGUACAUCUGCUUUUAUAUCUUUAGGAUGCCCUUGUUGUCUGUUAUUUUGAACAUAUAUGGAGGCCUAUACCAGGAGCGACUGUUGUUGGGAGACAUUCUUGUGUGUUCAUUAGAUGAUUCUAUUCCUCCAGGGUUUGAGAUCAUGAUGUGGUUAGAAUGCUUUACGUUUGAUGGUUCUUAGCUUGCAAGCUGCCUUGUUCCUAGUGCGGGCUUGAGUACCA